AAUUCACUGAAUCCAAUGAUUUCACCCACUCAAUAUAUAUAUAUAUCCAGCUCCUCUGAACCUUAUCUAUAUAUCACCUCUAUUUGUACUAAUAGUCAACAUGAGGUACCUCUUCAUUGCAUUACUUGUCUUGGCUUCUCUGGCAGCCUUCACUGAUGCCCGGUGUGACUUCCCGGCCAUUUUCAAUUUCGGUGCCUCUAGCUCAGACACUGGAGGCUUUGCUGCUGCCUUCCCGGCACAAAGGCCGCCUUAUGGUAUGACUUACUUCGGCAAGCCUGUUGGCCGGGCUUCUGAUGGCAGGCUUCCCAUUGAUUUCAUAGCUCAAGGUCUUGGGUUGCCGUUCUUGAGCCCUUAUCUUAAGUCUAUUGGCUCAAACUUUGCUCAUGGUGCCAACUUCGCUUCUUCUGCUGCUACUAUUCUAAUGCCAAACACUUCACUGUUUGUUACCGGGACCAGUCCUUUUUAUUUAACCAUUCAACUUAAUCAGAUGAAGGAGUUCAAGAACAGAGUCCUUGAACUCAGUCCUCAAGGGGAUUAUCUUCCACCUAAAGACAUCUUCAAUAAAGCUCUCUACAUUUUUGAUAUUGGCCAGAAUGACUUCACUGGUAAGUUGGCAACGAUUGGUAUUCAAGGCGUCAAACAAUACCUCCCUCAAAUGGCAUUACAGAUCUCAGCUGGAAUAGAGGAGUUAUACAACGAGCUUGGAGGGCGAACUUUCAUGGUGUUCAACAUGGCUCCAAUAGGAUGCUACCCAGCAUUCCUCACUUACCUGCCUCACAACAACUCAGACUUGGACAUGUAUGGCUGCAUGAUUUCCUACAACAAUGAAGCACAGAACUACAACAAAAUGCUUAAAGAAAAACUCUCUGAAACAAGAAAUCUACUCCCUGAUGCUACCAUUGUUUAUGUUGACACUCAUUCCAUCAAGCUUGAUCUCUUUCAACACCCUAAAGACCAUGGUCUUGUUUAUGGGACUAAAGCUUGUUGUGGAUAUGGUGGAGAGUAUAACUUCAACAAACAAGUGUUUUGUGGGAAUACCAAGGUGAUUGAUGGCAAACAAAUUACUGCUAGUCCUUGUAAAGAUCCAGAGAAUUAUGUGAGUUGGGAUGGCGUUCAUACUACUGAUGCUGCCAACAAACUUAUUGCAUUGGGUGUGUUAAAUGGAUCCUUUUCUGAACCUGUCUUUCCUUUUAUCAAGUUCUGUGACUUGAAGCCACUUGGUUAGUAGUGAAAUAGGGUGAGAAAAUUGCCACAAUACUUGCAUAAAUAAUUGUGAGUGGUGAUUAUGUAAUGGCGCUUCUGUUUGUGUUAUCAUACAGAUAUAGAAAACACCAAGCUAUAUAUUCUGUUUGUGCUCUUGUUUAGCAUUAGGUAAUUAUUAAAAAAAAUUCCUGUUUUGCAA